AUGGACAAUCGCAGAAUGAAGACCGUCCAGGUAUUGUCCUCCGUGAGCUCUACAGAGUCCUCACCUGCUACGACGGAGACAGUUGGGUCCAAUCGGACUGCAUUGAUUAUUGAUGGAUCUUAUGCGAUGAUUGGAGCUCGUAGUCUGGGGGGCAAGAUCGAUUACGUCAAGCUCCGUGCAGCACUGGAAGAGCAGGCAUCGACGCAGUUUGGAGAUUGCUGGUUCUUCGACCAGAAUCCCUCGACGCAGCGGCUUCAUCCAGCUUUAACAGUGGAGUAUAACAGGUUGAAAUUUGCGCCACCAGAUGGGCCCCAGUUUCAAGUCAGCUUGUUUCCUAUGAAAAAGUACAACUGCCAUUGUAGAAGAUGUGGUAAUCAUUUUACGCAGAAUGUGCAGAAGGGUGUUGACAAUGGAAUUGCAACCAAGAUCCUGUCUCUCGCCUAUGAAAAUAUUUGCGACCGCUUUGUUUUAUUUGCGGGUGAUGGCGAUUUUUAUAGCUCGCUGAGCCACGUUCGAAACGUGUUGCGAAAGGAUAUCUGGGUAAUGGGUUACCGAGGGACAGUAUCUGGGGACCUCCAGCAGCUGGCGUCGCGAGUUAUUUGGAUGGAUGACCUAUGGUCUCAAGUAAAAAGUAUUCGGCAUCUCAACUACCACGAGCAAGGCGGUAAAGACGAAGGGCGAAAGCAUGAAGGGUGUAGGGAUGAAGUGCGAUGGUUUGAGGAUCACAAAGGUGAAGACUUUCAGCUUAGUAACGACUCAACCUUACCUUUCGAUGAUGCACAAGACGUUGGUAAUAGUCGCCAAGUGGUCAUUGCACCUCGUUCUCACCAGAGAGGUCGUGGUCGUGAUUGGCGCUUAAACGGAAGAGAUCGAGGAAAAAAUGGUCGUAGACGCAGCCGGUCUCGAUCGAGGGAUCGACCGCGUGGAAACCAGCAUAGCAGCGAAGUUACGGCUACACAUGCAGUCACUGACGCUGAUGCAACAACAACACAUUUUCAAUCGGGAGCGGCAAUGAGGAAUCCGAAGGCUGGAGGAAAACGCGAACGCGAGUGGGGAGGCAAAAAUGGCAAAAGACGGAAAAGAAGUGACACAGACAAGCGCGAACAAAAGCGGUCAAAACGAGGAGGACGUUGGGGCAAACAGGCAGGCGAUUGUCUAGUUGUCACUUUGUCGGAUAUUAGUUCUGAUGAGGAUACUGGCAAACCGCCAUUGCCUGUGCCACUGGGGCCAGCGACAGGGGCACCCGUAAUGAUAGCGCAGGGCCAUGAUUUUUCUGGGGUGGAUGAAAUUAUCAAUCUCGCUUCUGACACGGACAGUGAUUGA